GUUUGAGAAAUAGAUAAACCAUUCAAAAAUGCAGCCCCCUCUCGCUUCCCCUGUGUCGCAGUGAUGGUGGACUUUGGGCAUUUUCACGAAUGCGGCUCUCCUCUGGCACUUGGAGCGGCGUGACCACCGCACGUCCCACUGACUCACGGAUCUGAGCAGAUGUCUGGUCCAGUACCGACACCGGGCCACCUCCUCUUCAAACGCAAAUGGCUGGUCGUGUAGAGGGAACCUGGAUAGAUGUGCACAGAUUGAGCAUCCUGAGAGAGAGGAGGAGAAGAUGCUCAUGCACACAUGCGUCUGGAGGGAUGCGGAGCACUAAACUCUCAUCUUUAGCAAUAUUCCUACUUUUGUUCCACAGCGCGCAGGCUUACGACGAUGACUUGAGUCAUGAAGCCUCUGGAUCAUUUCUGGAUGCGGCCACAUCACCCUCCUCAACCCAUUUGUUUGGCGGCUUCCAUAUGACAGACAGGAAUCCAGCUUCUGUAGUCCAAUCAGAUCCCACAGGCUUGUCAAAGGGUAGCAGGGAACAACCUGCAUUUUCCUCUGUACUCACAUUACUUGCCAGCACAGCCCAAAAGCCUCCCAAUCUCUCGUCAAAAGUUGUUGCACGUGACAAUGAAACACAUCAAUGGCCUUCAAAUGGAUCUUUGGAACGAUUGGAGCCAUUUACUCUUCCAUCGUCUGUGCUGGUCAGCAACCAAUCCAAUAACUCAGAGUUUCAGUGGAUACCUGAGCUGGUGGCACCUGCAGCCACAUCCAGAGCUGCAGACCCUGAUUCUAGCAGAUUGAUUUCGCCUGAGCAGAAAAACACUGCUACACCCAAUAGAUCUUCAGCUACAUCUGUGGACACACAACGAGAACGACCAGACAAUGCAAGCACUAUUGUGUCUCAACCUACAAUAUUUAACAGCAAUACUGUUACCACAACCAGCAUCCCCUUUACAACAACCACAAACCAGAUUAGCACUACCCAAUCAUCUGCUGCUAAACGACACUCCAAAACACCUAGGACAACAAUAAGAACUACAACUACACAAUUUCCUAAAACAACAACUAGAAUCCUGCCUGACUCCACCUCACAGAGCGCUAAGUUGGACCCUUCAAAAAGCACUUUAGGAAUUCCAAGAGCUGCUGCUACUGAGGCCUCAAUGCUAAGAUGUAACAUCACUGACAAGAUGUGGAUAAAAACAGUGUUGUCCGUACAGUUACGGAGGAGUCGUCUAGACAGUAUUUUGAAGCAGAAUCUCCCUCGAGGGUUUACUCAAGCUCUGAAGAAGGCCUUGAACGACAGCACGGUUCAGGCUAAGAUCGCCCAGCCAUGGAGGUAUGCUGAGGCAGUGUGUAUACCAAAAGAGGAGAAGUCUGAGAAUAUCGACCAGUUUCGGGUUAUAUCCUUGCUCAGUGUGGAGAGCAAAAUCUUCUUUAGCAUCGUGGCUAAGAGGCUCUCCAACUUCCUGUUGAGCAAUAAGUACAUCGACACGUCUGUGCAAAAGGGAGUGAUUCAGGAUGUGGAAAACUCCUCUCUAGAAGGACAGUACCACAGUUUUGCUAGUCUGAUGGAGGAGCGGUUGGCUGAGCUCUUCAUGGUAGCUCACCAGCAAGGCGUCCGCUUCAAGCGGGCAACAACAGUGGGCAGUUACACUGUCCAGAUGGUUAGUAUCAGACAUGUACAUGGGCCAAAAAACCCAGCUGAGAUGACCUACUACGUCCAGCAAAACGGGACCCCACUGCUAGGCACAUCUGCAGCCAAGCUUCUGAACACAGUGGACUCGCAGACCAUGGCGCUCACGCUGGGAUACUUUGUCCAAAUGCAGGCUGAAGCCGUAGUGAAGAAUCCACCCAACAACCUGUGGAUCAUCGCUGCAGUGCUAGCACCCAUCGGCGUGGUGACCCUCAUCAUCAUCAUCAUCACCACGGUGCUGUGUCAUAAAAACAAGAGCGAUUUCAAAAGCGAUCCCAUUGGAAACUUCAACCCUCGAGUCAAGACUGCUUACUGGAGAGACGUGGGUUAUUACCCUCAGCAUGUUCAGGGGUUUGACUAUGCCAAGCAGCACCUGGGUCAGCAGGGUGGUGAUGAGGAGACCCUCCCGGUUAUCCAGGAGACUAUGGUUCUGCCCCACCCCAUUCGAGAUGCCCCUCUGUCAUUAGAUAAACCUGCACGCCAAGAUGGAUCCACUUCCAAGAAAAGCCUGAACAGUGAGAUAAGGAAAAGGUUGCCGAGUGAGGAUGGUUCCGUCAUCAGCAGCGAAUCAGUGAAAGAGGUCUCAGGAAAGGGCUCGAGUGUGCAAAAAACUACAGCACAGCAGAAACUCACGAAGGAAGAGACGAGGAAGAGUAAUGAGCAUUAUGAUAGUUCCUCAGGAUCACUUCAGCUUAUUUCUAUAAAACCAAUGGCAGCUCCACCCACCUACUCGCAUCCUGCGUCCUCUGACCGCAGCCAGGACUCUGCUGUAUUCAAUGGAGAGGUGAAUUUGGCUCUGAAACAGAAGUCAGACAUUGAGCACUACAGGAAUAAGCUUAGACUGAAGGCCAAGAGGAAGGGAUACUAUGACUUCCCUUCUACUGAGGGAAAAGGUAGCACUGAAGACCUGAGUCAGCGACACAAGUACAGCCACGACAAGCUUCCUCACCCGCACACCAGAGCUCAGGAACCGGAAGACGACAGGGGCUCCACAUAUGUGAAGUAUCGCAGGAGGUAA